AGUGUGAAGAGAGUGCAAGUAUAUAUAAAAGAAGCACCGCCCUAAUCGACCAUUCACAACAAUGACAUUCAAACACUCUUCAGUCUCCCUUUCUUCUUGAUUCGUCCUCUCCAAAUUUUUCCAAUUUCUUUAAUCUCUCUCUUUCUCUCUCUACUUCUUCUUCUUCUUCUUCCUCAUCUAUGGACCCUUUAGCUUCCAAACAACAACAAUACCACCACCAUCUUGACGACAAUAACAAAACCCUAACCCACAAUAAUCCUCAAUCCGAUUCAGCUACCACCACCACCGACUCAACCUCCUCCGCUCAACGCAAACGCAAAGGCAAAGGUGGUCCUGACAAUUCCAAGUUCCGUUACCGUGGCGUCCGACAAAGAAGCUGGGGAAAAUGGGUCGCCGAGAUCCGAGAGCCACGUAAGCGCACUCGCAAGUGGCUUGGUACUUUCGCCACCGCCGAAGACGCAGCACGUGCCUACGACCGAGCCGCCGUUUAUCUCUACGGUUCACGUGCUCAGCUCAACUUAACCCCUUCUUCACCAUCCUCCGUCUCUUCCUCUUCAUCCUCCGUCUCCGCCGCUUCGUCUUCUCCUUCCUCGUCCUCCUCCUCUACUCAAACCCUAAGACCUCUCCUCCCUCGUCCUACCCCCGCCACCGUCGGAGGAGGAGCCACCUUUGGUCCGUACGGUAUCCCUUUUAACAACAAUAUCUUCCUUAAUAGUGGGACCUCCAUGUUAUGCCCUAGUUAUGGUCUUCUCCCUCACCAACAACAACAACAACAAAAUCAGAUGGUGCAAGUGGGACAAUUCCAAAACCAACAGUAUCAGAAUCUUCAGUCCGGUAACAGUAGUAACAAGAUCUAUGACAUCGAGCUAACAGAUGUUCCGGUAGCUAAUUCAACUUCGUCCCAUCAUCAUGAGAUGGCGCUAGGGCAGGAACAACAACCAGGAGGAAGUGGGUGUAAUAAUAAUAACACUAAUAAUUCAAUGGAGGAUUUGAACUCUCUGGCUGGUUCCGCGGGUUCGAAUCUAUCAAUAUCUCACCCACCGCCGGUGGUUGAUCCGGUGUGUUCUAUGGGUAUGGAUCCGGGUUAUAUGGUAGGAGAUGGAUCUUCAACGAUUUGGCCUUUUGGCGGAGAAGACGAAUACAGUCAUUGGGGGAAUAUUUGGGAUUUUAUUGAUCCUAUCUUGGGAGAAUUCUAUUAAUUUGUUUUUGUGGAAGAUCAUAUUAUAUACGAUGAGCACCCCUUAAAGAUCGGUCAAGAAUUUUGGAGAUUCAUUGUUGUGAGGAAUCAAAGAGACUACACUCUUAUGAGGAGGGAGCUUUGCAUGCAAGAUUUUGGAGGAUUUUUUUUACCUAUAGAGAUAAAUAAGAGGGUAUUUUAAUUCUUUUUUCGAAGAUUUUUUAUUUUCGGGGAAUUCGUAAAAGAGAUUUACGGUUCCAAUAAAGUAUAUAUAUGUGGAAGAGAGGGAGAACGGUGGAAAAAGUUGUUUGCGGAAUUUAUUGGUUCAACAUUUCCUUCACAGAGUGCCUUAUUUUAGGAUAUGAUAAUUUCGAUUUGGUUGUUAAGUUUCGGAGGUUAUAUAUGUAUAAUUUUGUUUUUAAUCUCUGAGAUUAUUUAUACUUA